AUGGUUAGCACAUGUAAUCUGCAACUUUACGAAGGCAAGCCGCUGGUUGAACCCAAGCUUUACAUAAGAAUCAUAGGCGCAUUACAAUAUCCUUGUCUAACUCAUCCUGACUUGGCAUUUGCUGUAAACAAAUUAGGCCAGUUUUUAUCUGCACCAACAACCACUCACUGGAUAGCCUGCAAACGUGUUCUUCGGUAUGUUAAAGCCAACUUGCAUCAAGGAUUGUUUAUUACUCACUCAACCAGCUCCCAACUUCAGGCCUUUUGUGAUGCUGAUUGGGCGGGCAACCAGAAUGAUAGGAGAUCCACAGGAGGUUUUGCUGUGUAUAUUGGAUGGAAUCUAAUAUCUUGGUAUUUGGAUGAAAUCUAA